GAAAGAUCCGAACUUUUUUGCAACCAGGUCUGAAUCCCUAGAGUGCUUCUCCCUUCCAAUAAGUAGCUGCAGAAGUAAAUCGAAAGUAGUUUCCAAGGUUGUAGGGUUAGUAGAGUCCGGCUCUAGACGAGAGAUCAACGUACCCGCCCAGAAGGGGCAACACGAAGAGGAAAAUCUGUGCGCGGAAUUUUUCUAGGGCAAAUUUUUCUCGCAGCUCAUACAUAGCUUCGUUCCCCAAGAACCGAUGACGGCAAGUGCCGCUGAACCGCAGGUGCAGCAGCCGGCGACGGCCCCCGCCACUCCCAAGGUGACCCCCGCGAACAAGAACAAAAAGGGCGCCAAGAGAAAAAACGCCACAACCGUGUCGCCAAGCGCAACGGAGCCGCGGGAUGGCGCCGGCGAGUCGGGAUCGCCCGCCGGGGAAUCAUCGGAGCAGUCGCCGGAAAAAGGAACUGCCGGGCACCUGCACGAGUCGCCCCUUCUAGGUUCCGCUGCUCUCUCCGGCGCGGCAAGGACAACCUCAUCGCCGUCUAUGCAGCAGGAGCCCGCCAAGACUACUAGCCUUCCCCCGUUCGACGGCCAGGCGGCGCUCACCUUCGCCAAGGACGUUUGUCUGAACGCGGCCUCCGGGGCGCACUACCUCGCGAUCUCUUUCGUACGGCAGAACCGGAAAACUCUGUUCUUCAAGGACGCAAUACUACGGCAUAACGCCAGCGGCGGCAGUGCAGUUUCCACCACCGCAACGACGUCAACAAGCACAAAUUAUGCGGGUUCAUCCCCGGCAGAUGGCACGGACGAACUAAGCGCAGGGUCCCCGUCCGCAAAGCACAUAAACUCGCUCUGGCACGAUGUCUCUUGGUUCCGGGUCUUCUUGAACGUAGUGUUCUACAUGAAAGACAUGCAGUAUCCUACCGGAAAAAAGUGCACCAUACGAGGAAAGAAAAUUGUAUUGCUGUUUUCAAUCCCGGCGUCACAAAAAAAACAUCGUGUGCUGAUCUGCACCAUGGGUGACCUUUUCUUAUGCAUAAUGGAGAACGUUGUAGGUGUAGCGCGGACCAGCAUGACAAAGGUCGUGCCUCAAAAGAGCGCGCCAAGUUUUUUAUUUUCUUGUAUGGGCGCACUUUCUUGUAGGAUCCGCAGCUUGUCCGAACGUUUCUGCCGCUUUUUGCGCUGUCUCUGUGGGGUCUAUUUUCCUCCCUGGUGGGCGAAGAAAUUUCGCUGAGCGUCGGGCGGUUGCUCUUUGUGACCAAACUCGGAGUCGUGUAUGGAGUUCUCAACUGUUACAUUCUGAACUGUUACAUGAAUUUGUCAUGCAAGAAUAGCAAAAGUCAAAGGGGGGAGGUUGCGCCUCUAGCAUUACAAACUUCGCACAGAUUUAGACGCUGUUUAGCCCUUCUCAAAUUUGUCAUGCGAAGCAGCUUGAUCGUGUGGAUGUUGAUGGCAGUUUUGCGUGGCAAAUUCAUGUAACAGUUGAGAAUGUAACAUUUGAGAACUCCAUAUCGCGUUCUACUACUUUGUGAAGCUGCAUUUCGCCCUAUCGAAGCGAAUACUUUCAUCGUGCCCACGAUCUGCUUCCCUAUUCACAGCAGAGUAGUCGUUACUUUAGCAUAUGUUUAUGCUGUGUUGCCCUGCCAAGACGGGAGAAGACCGGUGUGUAGUCAGGCGUAGAGAAGAAAGAACGGAAUCCACACUUGCCUCUCGGGGAUCAGUAAGCGUCGCAGAGCGCGACAGUACACAACUGUGUCCGUUAAAAACAGCAUGACAACUAAUAUUAAGUACCUGCUGUCUAUUGCUAAGCGAGGGGUGUGGGGCGAUCUGUUUUCCUUUGGAUAGGUGAUUGCAAGAAAAAUGAGCGACGGGGAGAUGGACCAGAUUAUUACCAUAGAAAAGAAGGAGAUGAUAUCCUAUGUAAAAACGUCCCCACCCCAUAGUUGCAAUGCAAAUCUACAUGCUGAAAAUGUUUCUCAUGCGGAGGCCCCAAGAGAGGCACUUUCUAGUCGUUUUUCGGAAUUUGUGAUGCUCCGAUCAGCAUGAUAUGCUGGCUCUGUGAUGCUGCGGAACCUCCAGCUAAACAUGAUCACACUCACUACGAAGCUAAAGAACUUGUCAUGUGAAACAACCAAAGCGUGUUGAUUUGUCUAGCAGGCUUCUCCUCUUGACUAUGGGAAGGUGGGGACGUUUUUACGCAGGAUAGAUGAACGCGGAAACGUGGAAAAUGGACACCAUGGAGGAGCGUAAUAAUUUUUUUGCUGUCGGACAUAUUACAGAAUGCUAUUUUACUCUUUCCUCCUUGCAGUGAUGCUGAGCUACGCAUUUUUUUUUUUUUCGAGACGAGCAUGAUGGUUAAAUGAAUAUAUUUGCAGCGAUCACCAUUGGGGAGUACGACAAAGAAAAGCUGCAGGACAUCGUGAAAAAGGUCGUUUUUCAGUCGGCGUAUCAAACCAGGAAAGUGCAGCCUCGUGUGUGAUGAACUGAGGCUAAUAUUUUAUUGGCAGCUGGGAGGGUCUUCUACUAUUGUUCGCUGUUGCAUUUUGUAUCUAUGAGUUUGAUGUGGCCAAAAGAACUUUUUGCUGUAGUGCGUUAGCUCUCUCAAGCUUUCGCAAAGGACUUGUUGCUCUCAGGAUUUAUUAGCUGCAUACUUUCGACAGUUACCAGCAAGCCACAAGGGUUGAUUUUUAAUGCACCACGGCAAAUAGGGUGAGUAUGUAUUUUCCUUGUUGCGAAAACAAUGUUCUUUCGUAGGUGCAUCGUCAACAUUUGCCUCUACUAGCUCAAAAUACGCUCCGCCGGACUGCUCGUUUCAAUGUGAUACGCUGAUGGCCAUGUUUGUCCACUGGAAAUGGGGCAUGACGGCACCCCUGAUGUUUGCGAUUUUUGCAACGUAUAGUAUCUACCACGAUAAAAUUUUUUUGGUCGUUUGAUUUUUGCGCCGCAUGGUCUACUUGAUCGUAACAAAUUGUAAUUACAAGUUGCGAACGUUCAUCCGUGUCGCAUACAACGAAUGUGGCUUCGCGGAAGAGACUCGCGUGAAGUAGAUCCGACGCUACUAUGAUGCAAGAGGAGGUCUUCUAUUACUUCUAUACAGGUACACUGUGAUGUACAACUCGCCACUGCGGAAGAUUCAUUUGCUGAAUCAAGACCAAUCGGAUAAUCCACAGCUGAAGCGACCCUGGGUGAACCAACCGGGAAUGGGCGACCCUAUGGCAAUGAUGGAGUGGUGGCAGGAUAAGGUAUUAUCAAACUUUUUUUCUACUUCUAGCGCAUCUACUAGUAGUUACUACUAGUAGAUGCGCUAGAAGUAGAAAAAACUUUUGUAGUGUCAUACAUACUAGUAGUAUGUACUGCUUGCAGCUCCUGCAGGAGCUUAUCGGCCGCCGUUGCUGUGAUCAGUUUUGAAAAUUGCCGCCCCGGUCGUCCGGGAAUAAAAUCGACAUUUUCCAUUAUCACCAAAAUCCCUAAACAGUCGAAUGAGUUGUACAUGGCCAAGCAGGGCGUGCAGGUGGGCGGAGGCACAGGAAAAAAGCAGCCGACGUCGAAGUCUCUGUAUCACGGAGAAAAAAGCGUACCAGGGUUAUUUGUGAUGCACGCAGCACUAGAAUCGGGUAGAAUAAACCGAGAAACAUCUUCACAUCUCAAGGGGCCCGCCCACAGCAUGGGUUGCGCGAGAGCAGAUGCUAGUCAGUUUAUUCCGUCUGUGUAUUCAUUUUUGCAUAAAACCUGGGUGCUUUUUUCUCUGGGUUGAUACUCAGCGGGCCAAGGAGAAAGCGGCUGAUAAGGAGCGGAAAAAGCAGAUGUAAAUAUUGGAAUGGAGGACAAGGGGAUUGCUUCUGCCAGAACUCUAGCUACUUUACUAGGAGUGACCACGCGACAGGAUGUAUUGAAGUGGUUGUUUCAGUAUUGAUACAGUGACACGUUUCCAUUCCUUCUUCGAAACUGACUUUUAGUUUCAACAAGACGAUUGGGGAUGGGCAUAAAGCACAUAAAAGCAAUACAACGCACCAAAGCAUGACGGAAUUCGUGAAAAGCUAGUUACUUGCCUCCGAUGCACUUCUCGGGCCUAGUCUGGCUUUGCUUUAUGAAUUCACGACAUUGAUAGUUAAAAACAGCAUGAAAUGUUUUACCACGGGACUUCCGACGUCCUAGUCAGGAUAAAUAGAAUGGAUCAGUAGAACAGCAGCAGAAAACAUCACAGCGACUGAAUUAAUACUUUGGUUUAUACUCGACGGCGUAGUGGAGUAAAGAAAUCUUGUACGCUGGGGCGGCGCUGAAAUGAACCACGAAAGAUAUCAACUGCAAAGAUGUCUGGGUUUGGAAGGUUGCAAGAUCUGUCAUAAAAUGCGACCUGAAUCUUUACAAAUUCGGAGAAACUUGCGAUGGUGCAUUUCGUACUGCCUAUCUUGCAUGAGAAAUGACAUCUCUACGCGCCCAAAAGUGAUAUGCUUGCGCUCCUUCCGUACUAGAGCUUGGCCUAAUCUUACCGAGAUCAUGCCGUCAGGCGUGGACCGUAAAGUGGAUGAUUAUGCCUCGAGGUGUAAAAAGGUUCACGCAGUACAGAUUUUUGCGUCGCCGGCCCGACGUAGCAUGCCAUAGUCGCACUCUUUCAGACCCAGACAUGUUUGCAAUGCAGAAAAGACCGCACGAAGGAGCAAAGGAACACUCAAUGUAUGUAAAUCUUCGACGAACCGGGGUGGUGGGAAAAAAAUAUCUCACUGAGGGAGAAUCAAAAUCAGAAAUCAAUUUUUGCAUUAGCGCAGUGUUUCCCCGUGGUAUUUAGCGUUGCAACUUACUCGCGUAAAAUUUUGUCUAUUUCAUCAUUUGACCUGCUAGUACAGUGUUCAUACAACAAAUGUCAUUCGCCGGUGAAAGAAAGACAAUAAGUUAGAAAAAUCAAGAAAUGAAAGAGAGUCAUAGACCUUCG